AUGACGCGGUUGGCCAGCGUGUACGGGCCCAGGCGGACUUCGGAGAGGAGGUUGGGGUACGGCAUGGCGGCGGGGCGGUGCGGAUCGGGGAUGCGGGGUGGGGUGCGGUCGGGGGGUGGCGGGGAUGGAGCGGGGCGGGCUGGCGCGGGGGGUUAA